CAACCCCUUACCUCUAGGAAACUGCGGACUCGCUGAGGGCCGAAGGAUUUCUUAUCGAAAGCCACACGCAAGAUCAUCUAGCUUGGUUUUCUCUCAUCUGAACAGGAACGACACCCACGAUGGAUGGAGAAGAGAGAACCAAGAGGCGUCGCCUCCGCGGAGCCUGCGACAACUGCAGGAAACGGAAGAUCAGAUGUGACAGCAGCGAAAUGCCCAACAACCGAUGCUCACAUUGUAUCUCAUUUGGGGUGCCCUGCACGCACGUAGAGGUGACUAAGAACCUCGGCUCUGCUAAAUCCUAUGUCGACGCCAUAGAACAACGUAUGGCCAAAAUGGAGAAGCUCUUUGAGAAGCACCUUCCUGGGCUCGACCUUAACCAUGAAAUUGACAAGACCACCCUUGAUGACGCAGACGACGAAGAUGCUCUGCUCGUCCGUAACGACGACGAUUCAGUUGAAGCCCGUCUCGCGUCCAAGUUUCAAAAGAUGCGACUACGUCCCGACGAGAACCGCUUUUACGGGAAGAGUUCAAACGUCAUGCUCGUCAAGGCAGCGCUGGAUGCCAAGCAUCAGUACAACGUCAAGAACGGCAUCCAACCGAAGGUUUGGGACUUCAAGCGCCCCGACUACUGGGAGCCGCGGCCAUGGCAAACCCGACCGCCAGACCCGCCGCGCCCAAUGUUCAAGUUCCCGCCGGAAGACUUGAUGGAACAGUUGAUCGAGGUUUACUUCACCAGGAUCAACGUCUUCCAGCCAUUGCUACACCGCCCUACAUUCCAGCGGUACAUCGACGAGGGCACCCAUUUCCGCGAUCGCGACUUUGCGCAUGUGCUACUACUCGUCUGCGCAGUCGCGUCGCGCUACUCAGAUGAUCCGCGCGUACUGGUUGACGGGACCAACGACUUGCAUAGCGCGGGCUGGAAAUAUAUCUCGCAAGUGAACUUCAUCCGCCCGACAAUGACGGACAAGCCGUCAUUAUUCGAAGUGCAGGCAUAUAGUUUGUCGGUGUUGUGGAACGAGGGCAGCUCAAUUCCCCAAGGCUCCUGGACCGAGAUUGGUCUCGGGCUCCGGAAGGCGAUGGAGGUUGGCGCGCAUCGCCGAAGUACACUCGGCAGGCCUACCGUGCAGAGUGAAUUGUGGAAGCGUGCUUUCUGGGUCCUUUUCUGCCAGGAAAUCCACACCAGCGCCUUCUACGGUCAUCCAAGCGCCGUGACCUCUGACAUGUACGAUCAAGAGCCACCCAUAGCUUGCGACGAUGAGUAUUGGGAUACGGGGCAUCCGGAGACAGCUUUUAAACAGCCUGCCGGAAUACCUUCUAAGCUCGAUUACUUCGUACGCUACGUGAAGUUGAUGGAGAUAGAGGCAGCAACAAUGCGUGCUGUGUAUUACACAAAGAAGCCAGACCUCGUCACGGCACGGCCUACGGACCAACAGACCAUCACGAUGUUGGACUCUGCGCUCAACGACUGGUUCAAUGAACUUCCUCCGCACUUGCAAUGGAAUCCGAAGGAGAAGAAUCAGACGUUCUUCGACCAAUCGGCACUCCUCUACACCUCCUACUACCAGCUUCAGAUCUUCGUCCACAAGCCCUUCAUCACUCCCCUCCAGUCCGACUCCCGCCUGAGCUUCCCCUCGCUCGCGAUAUGCACCUCAGCCGCGCGCUCCUGCGCCCGAGUCAUGGACGCCCAAUGCCAGCGCGGCGUGGUGCCCCUGCCGCACGUCCACACCGCCGUCUCCGUCGCGGGCUUCGUGCUCAUCCUGAACGUGUGGACGGUCAAGCAGACCGGCCUCGUGCCGAAUCCGCGCGACAUGGAGGACGUGUACAAGUGCAUGCGAAUGUUGAAGACAUGCGACGCGCGGUGGAAUAGCGCUGGGCGGCAGUACGAUAUUCUGCAGGACCUGGCGAGCGCGGCGGAUGUGGAUAUCAUGACGAAGGAGGCGUACGAGAAUACGAGGAAGCGAAGGAGGGAGGAGGCCUCGUCCGGUGCGGGGUCGUCGUCGCAGGGCGCGUCGCCGUCGACGUCCGACAGCUCGACAGAGGUGAUCACGCCGCAGUCGACGUAUUCCCUCGCCAGCGGCCCACUCGUCGCUGGAGGUCAGCAAGGUAGCCCCAACAUGCUCGGCGCGACGACUGAUCUCUUCGGCAUCUCCACGUCGGGGCAGAGUGCCGGGUUAGACUCGAUCACGAACUUCAUGACUGGGACGAAUUACCUUUCGGAUGUGCAGGCGUCGCUCAUGAACGCCAUUCCGGGCCUCUCGACGAGUUCCUCAACGGCGUUCACCGGGAGCGCGUCGGCCGCAUCGCCGGAAGACCCUCUAAACAGUGGAUCUUUGGACGCGUUGAACGUUGACAUGCUCAGUGGGUCACGCAAUCCCCUGGGCAUGGAUGCCUUGUAUACAACAACCGGCAAUGCGGGCACGACGGGCAUGCCGAAUCUGGCAUCCUCUUCAUCGACGCAGGAGUUUGCGCUGGGUCUUGGAGGGUUGGUGGACGAUAACUUCCAGUUCGACUUUAACAUGCCUGUGGGCGGGAUCAACAUGUCUAUGUGGAAUGCGCCGUUGGGGUUAGGGGAGCAAGAUUGGUCCCAGUAUUUGUCCAAUCUCGGAGAGCUGACAAGCAGCAGGAAAGAAGGGAAUGGUGAAGCUGCUGAGUAGUGUGCUGGUGGUCCAGGUCUAUAGUCGGUCGCGGGGCGCUGCAUGAAGCGCUUCGACCAUGUCUGCAGUGUUGUUGUACUACGUUAGUAUCAUCCUGUAUAUAUACAAUCAUCAGCUGUCGAAUCUCGAUGUUCAAGUGUAC